UUGUUGUCAUUUGUAGUUGUAGUUCAUAAAAUAUUGGUUGUUGAUUAUUAUAAGUUGUUAUGGUGUUAUUAUGGUUGUUCCGCUGUUUGGGAAAAAGUCCUUUUUAAACUGUUAAAAUAUUAUCAAAUAACUAUUGUGGGACUGGCGGAACUUGAAACCCACAUGCCUCUGCGUUGUAGAUGAUUGUGUACCAUUUGUGUACUUGACAAACUCAAAGAUAAGUAUUUUUCUUAGAUCGUUAAUUUAAUUCUUUUAUAGAUUGUUGAACUUAAACUAUGCAUUUAAAACAGAAAAGGAUAAUUUGACUGCACGGAUAUCAAAGUUUUUUGGGUUUUCUCUAUAAACAGCGAUUCUGUUUGAAGUGUGAAAUCAAUUAUCGUAACUUUUUAAAGAAAUCGGUAUCUAGUGUAAACCCUUACUUGAUAUGGGAGAGGAAGAACCAGCGACACUAGAUGGGCAAUUUUACGAGUUUGCCAAGAUGAUGGACAAGAAGAGAGAUGGCAAAACUAUCACAUUGUAUUUCUCUGACUUCUGGUUUAGACAGGCUAAGCUGUUGGACGAUAGAAAAUUAACAAUGACGGAUACGGGCAUUGCAUUUAAUAAAUUUAGUAAAACAGAACUCGAUUGGGAUGAAUGGAAUGAAUUUCUCACAGACCUAUGUGAAACCAAGGAACUGGACGAGGAAAAAGUCCGCGAGACUCUAACUAACUGCGGAUUACCAGGCCAGUCGCCAGUACAAGUGCCACAGUACAGAGACUUCUUCCUAACUUACAAACCAAAAGAGAAGAUGCUGUUUUAAAUUACAUUAUUUAAGGAACUGACGAACCAAACCUUGUAAUUACACUUCUCAUCAAAAUA